AUGGCGGACGAUCUAGCAAGUUUUAUUGAGUCACAGAAAAGAAAGUUGGAAAAAGAAAGAGCAGAAAUAUUGCGUGCUCAAGAAAGUGAGGUGAGGUUACUUUGCAUGUGAUUAUUCUAGCUCAGCUGCUUUCUCGUUUUGGAGGCGGGAAUUUUCCUUGUUUCUUUUAGUUCAGUGUUUAGUUGGCUCCUCUAAGAUCGCCUCGGUGUAAGAACCUGUAAAACUCACGAGUGACGUAAAACAAAGGGAACAAAGAAGUCGACACAAUAGAACCUAGGAAAACAUAGGGUGCGAAACAAAGAAAAAGUUCACAGGAUCAUGUCAUGUAAAUCUACAGUUUUGGCUCUAAGCAGAAGGAAUUGAUUUUAGCAAUACAAUCGAAACAAUUCUUUUGAGGGGUAUUACACUAUCUGGGAAGACAAGCAAAUUUCACUGACAUGUAUAUCCAUACUAGAAAUUAAAGUGAGUGGAGAAAAUUCAGAAAGGUAUUUGAUGAGGAAUGCCAUUAUCAGAUGCACUGUAUGAGAAUCAUUUGAAAAUUCUGAGUACAACUUCCAUUUAGAACACAAACAAGGUUUCAUAUAUAGCCAGAGAGGUGGCUUCAAAAUCAUUGAACUGGGAUGAACCAUGAUACCGGUUACAAGCUCCCUGUGGUCUACCAGGAUGUCUUGUGAUGUGAGCCACAGUAUAAAUCAUGUGACAAAAUUUCAAGCGCUAUCACGUGGAAAGGAUUCCAAGAUGAAAUCGAAUGCUUGUACGCUAUAAAACUAGUUUUUGAUCCUUUGAUACCUCGUUUAUGUUCAAAUACACUGAAAAAAGUAGCUUAGUAAAUUUUAUGUGAUAAUCAGUUUUGUGCUUGUAUUUCAGGUCAGCAUAGACCACAAGACGCGUCAGACCAUUGAAGAAGUCAUGGAGGAACCAGAUCAGACGGUCUAUGACCAUGCGCAACGUCACGUCUAUUACGUCAUGUACCAGGACUGUUACCCAAGAUUCUUAGUGUCAAAUGUAUUCAAGGCAUUUUUGAUGAGUAGUGACUGAUGACGUGUUUCAACACAACCACUCAAUUUGAUCUUACAGUAUAUGAAUCAUAGUUCUAUGUAUGAAUAGCCCAUUUUAUAGCUGUAGAUGGAAACGAAGCUGGA